AUGGUUCGAACAUGUGUAAUUUGUAAUAAAGAACGAGCGAUUAUUAAGAGACCCAAAACAAGACAACAAGCCUGUCGGGAGUGUUUUUAUUAUGUAUUUGAAACAGAAAUACAUAAUACCAUAAUAGACAGUAAAUUAUUUAACAAAGGGGAUAAAGUUGCUAUUGCAGCAUCGGGAGGGAAAGAUUCUACGGUAUUAGCAUAUGUUUUGAAAUUAUUGAAUGAAAGAUAUCAAUAUGAGAUAGAACUUUUUUUGUUGUCUAUUGAUGAAGGAAUAACAGGAUAUCGAGAUGAUUCAUUGGAGACAGUGAAAAGAAAUCAACAACAAUAUGAUCUUCCUUUAAAGAUAGUUUCAUAUAGUGAAUUAUAUGGUUGGAAUAUGGAUCAAAUCGUCAAAGAAGUUGGAUUAAAAAAUAAUUGUACAUUCUGUGGUGUAUUUAGACGUCAAGCAUUAGAUCGAGGAGCAGUAAUGUUGGAAGUGGAUCAUAUAGUUACAGGACAUAACGCAGAUGAUAUUGCAGAAACAGUUUUGAUGAAUAUUAUGAGAGGUGAUAUUGCGAGACUUUCAAGAUGCACAGAAAUCUAUUUAGAAGGGAUAAGAUCUAUUGCCAUUAUAGGAGAAGCAUUUGAGCUUAAAAAAGAUGUGAAAUUACCAAUUCAGGGAGUAUGUAAAAGAUGUGGAUAUAUGUCAAGUAAUGAAUUUUGUAAAGCGUGUGUAUUAUUGGAAGGUUUAAAUCGUGGAUUGCCAAAGCUUGGUAUAGGAAAGACUAAUAAAAUGCUUAAAAAAUAUGGAAAUAUGUCGGAAGGUAUGGCCACAAUUCCAAAAUUUAUGAACAAAAAUUCUGAUUCAGUUGGCGAACAAUGUUAA